CGAUGCCUAUGGGCCUGUUUUACUGUAAGCCAUGGUACAAACUGCUAAAUUUAACAUGGUUUGUCAAAUCUUAGUCGAUCUGUACAUCCAGUCUCUACCAUACCUAAGCGACCCCAUGACCUGUUUGCGACCUUGCCUACUUAUCACUCCGACCCACUUUGGGGUCGCGACCCCUGGUUUGGGAAUCCCUGGUCUAGGACCUAGAUUUUUUCAUUUCUCGCCCCUUUGCCUUGGAGUAUGGGCGAAUUACUUACCGGUUGCUUGGAGCAAAUAGAAAAAAUGUAACAUGAAGUUAAGAAGUUGCUUGGUGUUGCUUUCUGGAAAAUAAUUUUUAUGUACCAGUAUAUAAUUUUUAUAACUUUGUUGUGGGCUCCUUAAGUAAUAGUCAAUUUCUUCACAAACUCCAUAACAUAAAAAGUUGGAGAACACCUGUUCUAGAUCAAUGCUUCAUCCAUCCUGUAUUUCAAUAAACGGAGCACUGGUUGCUCGUGACAUGUUUUUUUUUUAUUUCAAACUCUUUUUUUUUUGCUACACGGUUCACUAUAUUUAAGUCAUUUUUCAUUGCCUUGUUUUUGUUAAGCUGUUUUAUUAUUUUGGUAGUUGCUAAAAAGCAGUGGUUACCAAACCUCUGCCUGCCAGCCUACGAUCUGACAUGGCCCACCGAAUGUAAGUAAAAUAGUUCACUACACUAUGUUUUUUUCUUUUUGUGCUUCAGAUACCGCCCCUUGCGGGCGCUCACCUGGCCCACGAAUAUCCUUCCGCUUCUGAUUUUGGCCUCCUGUCAAUCAACUUUGGAAAUCACUGCUAUAAAGGGACAUAAGCCCAGUUUAUGAGAUAAGUGGACCAGAGAGUAAGUUUGUCACCAAGUCUUAGGUGGGACCUGCUCCUCAUAACACGUAUGGGACCUAGAAUCUACCAACCAAGUUAACACUAUAAAUACCACUGGAAUGAUGAACCAUGAGUGCUGAAAGCCAUAAAAAGGUUGGGAAACACUGCUCUACAGUAAUUGCCUUCCAAAUUCGUAGUAGCCUGGAACAUUACCUUUAGUGGAUUUCACUUUUUUGUUACUACUCGUGAAAUGAUUUGGAUAGUGGUUUUUGACAUUGCAUUUUUUUGUGAUUUUGCACUUUUAUUAAAUACUCAUGUCAACCUUUUUGCAUGUGUUGCUUUCUGCUUACUUCUGAAAUUCCUAGUCUUCCAUGUGUACAAAUACAGGAUGUUCAUAAAAAAUUCUCAAAUUGCAAAAAGAAUUUACCGAUACCAUAUAUUGUUUUGGCCCUUACAUAACAAAUCUGGUUGGGCUAUAUUGAGAAUUGACUUCAUAACAAAAUUAAAAUUGUGAAUGGACUUUAUGGACACCCUGUAUAUCAGAAUAAAAUGAGCAAUGUAACAAUACUAUCACAAUGAUUUGCAUUUUGAUUGUCUUUUAUUAAGUUGUUCCAAGUUCAAUCUUUUAGGACUUCUAUAUUAAGUCCAAAUUUGAGGAAAUAUCCAUGCCGCUGCGUUACCUCCAAUUUCUUUUGUGUACAUUUACAAGUGCUUCAACCAGGAUUUCAUUUUUGUGUGUAUUUUAAAUAUUGUUUCUUUAUUUGCUAGAAUAUAAAAUAUCUGAGUGAUAGCGUGUUUUUUAUGUUUGUUUAAGUUACCCUUGCUAUCUCAAAUACUGAUGGUAAAUGAUACAAACCAUAUUCUUUUAAUUUUAUCAAAUUUUACCAGAAGUAAAGAAACUGAGAUAAGAUGUUAUCAAAUAGGAUGUGCCUGUCGUCAUUGACAUUUUUGAAACAAAACAAAUUAAAACUGAACACAAGACUGAUAUCAGACUUUGUGAAAAUAGUGGAAGUUGGACCACGAGAUGGUCUUCAAAAUGAACCAAAUAUUGUUCCUACAGAGACGAAAAUAAAGCUUAUUAACGAGCUCUCAGAAACAGGACUUUCGGUUGUCGAAGCAACAAGUUUUGUGUCGCCAAAAUGGGUCCCACAAAUGGCUGACCACAAUGAAGUCAUGAGGGGUAUCACGAAAAAGAAUGGAGUGAAUUACCCAGUUCUGACCCCUAAUUUGAAGGGGUUUCAAUCAGCAAUAUCCGCGGGAGCUAAAGAGGUCGCAAUUUUUGGUGCAGCGUCGGAAGCGUUCAGUCUAAAGAAUAUCAACUGCUCUAUCGAAGAAAGUCUGGGAAGAUUCAAAUCUGUAUUGGAAGCAGCGAAAAAUCAAAAUGUGCCAGUGAGAGGAUAUGUGUCUUGUGUAUUAGGCUGCCCUUACCAAGGAAAAGUACCCACUGGGGAGGUGGUAAAAGUGGCCCUAAAAAUGAUCGAAAUGGGAUGCUAUGAAAUAUCUCUUGGUGAUACAAUCGGCGUUGGUACAGCAAUAAAAAUGAAAGAGCUUCUAAAACAUGUUCUAUCUGAAAUACCUUCUGAAAAAAUUGCUGUGCAUUGCCAUGAUACAUAUGGACAGGCACUUGGUAACAUUGUGGCGGCUUUAGACCAAGAUAUAGGAAUUGUAGACUCUUCUGUAGCUGGCUUAGGAGGUUGCCCUUAUGCGAAAGGAGCAUCUGGCAAUGUUGCCAGCGAGGAUGUCGUUUAUAUGUUGCAUGGGUCUGGCAUGGACACUGGGAUUGAUUUGGAUAAAUUAGUUGAUGUUGGCUCCUUUAUAAGUAAUGAACUUGGGAGAAAAAACUCUUCCAAAGCAGGAGUUGCUAUUCUAAUGAAUCGAGAUAAAAAGUGAUAUCUUUUUUCAUUUAGAAUAUUUUCUCAUAUGUUGCACUUUUAGUUGAAAUAAAUAUCGAAUUAUGAA